CUCCUGUUCACGUGGGUCACGCCCGUCCUCCACGCGUGCUACUCGAGCGACUCGAUCGACGACAAGUCGCUCCCGGCCCUGCCCGCCGCCGACCGCGCCCACAACCUGUGGGAGCGCUUCCGCGUCACCGACGGCCUCAUGGCCCGCGCCCCAAAUCGGUGGAACCGCCUCUUGUACCGCCUCGUCGUCGUCAACCGCCGCCUGUUCGCGUGGCAGGUCGCCCUCUCGGUCCUCAACGCCCUCCUGUACUACGUCCCCGCCGCGUUCCUCCAACGCCUCGUCGGGUUCCUCGAGGCGCGCGGCACCGACGAGGCGCAGACGCUCCAGUGGGCGUACGUCUACGUCAUCGGCCUCUUUGCCGGCAUCGUCGUCGAGAGCCUCGUCUCGGGCCAGCUCUGGUUCGUCAGCAACUCGCUCCUGUCGACCCGCAUCCGCGUUCAGCUCAACACGCUCAUCUUCGACAAGACCCUCAAGCGCAAGGACGUCGCCAACGUUGGCAACGCGUCGGGCAAGCCGACCGGCGCAUCGUCGGCCGCGCCCUCGUCUCGUGCGAGCGGGUCGAGCGACAGCGGCGACGGCGACCGCGACGAGUCGGACGAGGCCGACACCAAGUUCAGCACCAAGUCGUCGCUCACCAACCUGUUCGCCAUCGACUCGGAGCGCGUCGCCGACUUUUCGAUCUGGUCCUUCACCUUCGCCGAUGCGCCAAUCGAGAUUCUACUCGGCACCGUCUUCCUGUACUCGCUCAUCGGUUACGCGUCGCUCAUCGGCAUCAGCGUCGCCAUCCUGUUCCUCCCCCUGAACCACUACGCGUCCAAGGCGUUCACAACGACGCAGGAGCGCCUCAUGAGCACGCGCGACCGCCGCGUCAGCCUCGUCAACGAGGUCCUCGGCAGCAUCCGCUUCGUCAAGUUCAUGGCGUUUGAGCGCCCGUUCGAGGAGCGCAUCCUCAAGGCGCGCGGCGACGAGAUCCGCGAGCUGAGGCGCAACUUCUUCCUCGAGAUCGCGUUCCAGGGCAUCUACAGCAUCUCGCCUAUCCUUUGUGUCCUCGUCAGCUUCUGGGCGUUCACGAGCCCGCUCCUCAUGGGUCGCGAGCUCACGCCGAGCAUCGCCUUCACUGCGCUCAGUGUCUGGAACGAGCUUCGAUUUGCGCUCAACGUCAUCCCGGACGUCAUCGUGUCCCUGUUCCAGUGCCUCGUGUCACUGCGCCGCAUCGACGCCUACCUCGACACGCCCGAGGUCGAGCUCGCCGCCGCCCUCGAGGACGCGACCGCCUCGGCGCACCGCAUCGCGUUCGACAAGGCGACCAUCACGUUUCCGCAAGACCGUCGUGACGCCGACGCCGACGAGCCCGAGACCAAGCCGUUCGAGCUCCAGGACGUCGAGGUCGAGUUCCCGGUCGGCGACCUGAGCCUCAUCUGCGGUCGUCUCGGCAGCGGCAAGACCCUCAUGCUUCUUUCGCUCCUCGGCGAGGUCGAUGUCCUGUCGGGCUCGGUCUCGUGCCCGCGCUCGUCGCCCGGCGCCAUCGCGCUCCCGUCGAUCGCGUGGGACGCCUACCUGACGGACGACAACUGGGUCUCGCCGGCGCACGUCGCGUUCGUCCCGCAGCAGGCGUGGCUCCAGAACGCCUCGGUCCGCGACAACGUCAUCUUUGGCCUGCCGUUCCGCGAGGAGCGGUACCGCGCCACGCUUGAGGCGUGUAGCCUCGUGAGCGACCUGGAGAUCCUCGAGGACGGCGACUCGACCGAGAUUGGCGAGAAGGGCAUCAACCUGUCGGGCGGCCAGAAGGCGCGAGUCUCGCUCGCUCGCGCGGUGUACAGCCGAGCGUCGGUCCUCCUCCUCGACGACGUCCUGUCGGCCGUCGACGCACACACUGCGGCGCACAUCUACGAGAACUGCCUCAAGGGCCCGCUCCUCAAGAACCGCACCGUCAUCCUCGUCUCUCACCACGUCGCCCUCACCGCCCCGGGAGCAGCCCAUGUCGUCCAGCUCGCCAACGGCCGCGUCGCCUUCAGCGGGUCCCGCGCCCAGUUCCUCGACUCGGACGGCUUCAAGGCGGGUGACGGCGCUGCCGGCGCCGAUGCCGACGAGCCGCCGACCUCGCCCAGACGUUUGAAAAGCGGGGGACGUCGCGUCACACCCGGGGGCGAGCAGGACGACGUUCAGUUUCACCUUUGGGAAACUCAUGGAACUUUCUUUCGACGGGCGUCGGUAGUGGUCCCGUUCGGCCAACCGAAAGACUGGCCCAGAUCGGUGGAACCCUUCUCCCCCCCCUCCUCCCCCCCCCCCUCGAGCCGUGACUCACGCAUGUUCCGCAACGCCCGCAGCGCGCAGACGUGGUGGCUCGGAAAAUGGUCGGGCUCGUACGAGGAGCCGAACGGCCCGGCGCACUCGACCAACUACUACCUCGCCUUGUACUCGGCCCUGUCGAUCGGCGCCGUCCUCAUCUCGACUCUACAGUGGCUCGUCCUGUACACCGGCACCCUGCGCGCGAGCGGUCGCCUGCACCAGAUGCUCCUGCACUCGGUCUUGCGUGCGCCUCUUCGGUGGUUCGACAGCCAGGCCCUCGGCCGCAUCCAGAACCGGUUCUCCAAGGACCUCGAGGGUGUCGACGCGUCGCUGCCGGACAACUUUGGUCGUUCGCUCAUGUAUGGCCUCGGCGUCCUGACGACGCUCGCCGUCAUCUCGAGCACGUCGCCGGCAUUCCUCCUCAUGUUCGCCGUCAUCGCCGUCGCCUACUUCCACUACGCCCGCCUCUUCUCGCACUCGGCUCGCGAGUUCCGCCGCCUCGACUCGGUGUCCAAGUCGCCUUUGUUCUCGAUCUACGGCGAGGCGAUUCAGGGCGUCGCCGUCAUCCGGGCGUUCGGCAGCUCGGCGAGGUUUAUGGCGCUCAUGCUCGAGCGAGCGACGACCAACGUGUCGUUCUACGCCUACCUGUGGGGCACCAAUCGUUGGCUCUCGAUGCGCUUCUCGCUCCUGUCGGCCAUCGUCGUCGCCUUGACGGGCUACGUCCUCAUCGCCGCCGGCGACAAGAUCGACGCGCCGCUCGCCGGUUUCACCCUCACGUUCGCCCUCAACAUCUCGAACGAGAUCCUGUUCCUCGUGCGCCGCUUCACGCAGCUCGAGCUGUCGCUCGUCGGCGUCGAGCGCCUCAAGGCGUACAGCGAGAUCGAGCAGGAGGCCCCCGAGAUCAUCGAGCCACGCCCACCUGCGCACUGGCCCCAGGGCAAUAUCGAGGUCGACAACCUGUCGAUCCGGUACGCCGACGCGCUCCCCGACGUCCUGCACUCGCUCAGCUUCUCGAUCAAGGCCGGCGAGAAGAUCGGCAUCGUCGGCCCGACUGGCUGCGGCAAGAGCACGAUGAUGCAGGCCUUCUUCCGCUUCGUCGAAGCGCGCGAGGGCAAGAUCGUCAUCGACGGCCUCGACAUCUCCAAGAUUGGCCUCCUCGACCUGCGCUCGAGGCUCACGAUCGUGCCGCAAGACCCAGUUAUCCUGUCGGGCUCGCUCCGGACGACGCUCGACAUGUUCCUGCAGUACGACGACGCCGAGAUCUUUGACGCGCUCCGCCGCGUCCACCUCAUUCGCGAGGGCGAGCGUCCCGACGACCAAGACGCGACCGCCAACCGCAGCCCCUUCUGGAACCUCGACUCGGAGGUUGCCGAGGGUGGCACCAACUACUCGACCGGUCAGCGCCAGCUUCUCUGCAUGGCGAGGGCGCUGCUCAAGCGCAACAAGGUGCUCCUGCUCGACGAGGCGACAGCAAGCACGGAUAGCCAGACCGACGAGCUCAUCACGCAGACGAUCCGGGAGGAGUUCGCCGACUCGACGCUCCUCGUCAUCGCCCAUCGCCUCCGCACGAUCAUCGACUUUACUCGCGUCCUCGUCCUCGACCGCGGCGAGAUCGUCGAGUUCGACUCGCCCGCCAAGCUCCUCGACGACCCGUCGAGCCGGUUCUACGCCCUGUGCCGCGCCAGUGGUCGCCGCGAGUUUACAAUCCUCAAGAAGAUGGCCCAGGGCAGGGCGCGCGUCACGCACCGUCCUCGCAAGAUCGUCCGCCGGCCGACGACGACGACGACGACGGACAAGCCGAGUGACGGGCAGGCGAAUGGUGGGACGGCGUAGAAGCUGCAGCUGCAUGAGCAUCGUCGUUUUAUCUCUUUC